CGCCAGGGAGGAAGGAUAUACGCCGCUAGCUCCUCCAAUCUCCCUCACACACACAUACACUUGAGACACCCACCCACGCGCGUUCACGCAUACUCCCUUACGUGCCUCCACACCCCCACGUUAGAAAUGCUUCCCCCGUGUGUUAUAAUCGUCCUGGGAAUGCUGGCGUGCGUCUCCCAAGGCUUCGAGGUGAUUGAAAACUUCUAUAAGGGAGAGAGAUAUGAAGCGAAGGACCUCAGCCACCUCCCGUACUCUUCCUCGCUGCUUGCCUCGGCCUCCUCGUCCCCCAGCGGCCCCUUCGUCAUGCCCCACGCCAGGAAGGUCGACGGGGUGGAGGGGCGUGACCUAACCUUCAGCGGACUAAUGGAACAGCUGGGUCUGGCCUUCCAAGAGGAGCUACGGGCUGACCCGUCGACGGAGCAGUCACGAAAGCUGGACUCUGAAGGGAAGAAGGUGGACUUCCACUACCACUUCUACCCCCACAACCAGCACCUCUUCAACCUGCCCGAGUGUGCAACCCAACAGGUGUGCAACGCAGUGUACCGGCGGCUCAACUUUACGCAGCCCCUAUGCCAGUGUCCCAAAGGCAGUGACCCGUGCAGCGCCUCCCUCCUGUCCAACGACCAGCGCUCCAUUGAACUGUCCAUGGGCGGCCCGCAUACCAAGGCCACAACGGUGAUUAAGACCUGCGAGCCUGUAUGGAGUGUAAGGGACUGCAGGGCGCCUCGGGACUGGUCAAUCCUCGCCCUGCAGAACACCCGCACGGGCAAGGCUCACUACCUCGUCAUCUGCAAGUGCCCUCAAUCCUCCAAGCUGGAGGGCCCCUUGAACCACGAGCAGCCCAGCUAUGCCCAGGUACCCAGCAUUCGAGUCUACGGGAUGAUGUGCAUUGGCAGGAACUACAGACGAGCUACCCGCCAGGUGUCGCAAGUUCCUGCAGAGUUUCCUUGGGAGCAGCUGAAGGAGGCGCUGAAGGAGGGGACGUUAGUGCGGGACCUCGACCUGCAGAAACCCUCCUUACCGUACCUCCCGCCCUACUGAAAUUGUUGAAGCAGGGACCACAUACUAUUAGUCCACAUUAUCGUACUUAGAACAUUGUAUUUUUCGGUUUCUGGCCCACAAGUAUAUAAAGAAACAAUGAUACUGUACGGUUUUGACAUUAACUUCAAUUGGAUAUCGUUAUUGGUAUGGCUAUGACAAACUUAAAUCAGGGAACCACAUUAUUGUACUUAGGGCAUCGUAUUUUUUUCGGUUUCUGACCCAUACGUAUAAAAGAAAAACAUUGAUUACGGUUUUAACAUUAAUUGGAUAUCGUUACUGGCGUAGCUACGAUAGUUUAGGGACUGAAAUUUGAAGCAGGGAAUCACAUUAUCGUAGCACUUUUUUAUUAGGUUUCUGACCCAUAAGUACAUAAAAAACAUUGUUACUUUACGGUUUCAACACUAACUUUAAUUGGAUAUCGUUAUUGGUGUGGCUAUGACGGUUUCGGGGCUUAAUUUGAAACUUGAAGCAGGGAACCACACUCGCCUACCCUUCGUACCCCCGUAGAGGGCAUUGUCGUAUUUGAAUUUCUUUAUUUAAUUGUUUAUUUUGUUUUGUUUUGUUUUACUUUAUUUUGGGUUACAAUCAAAGAUUUUGUAGUUUUGUUUAAUUUCCAAGCACAAGACUGACCUCGUUUCUUUCAUAUUGGGGGCAUUUUUAGAUACGUUUAGUAUGAAUCACUUAUUAUUUCAUAGGUUUAUAGAUAUGUUGACAGUUUUUCUUUCCUUUCUUCUUUAACUGACAUGCAGGUUAAAGUUUAUAUAGUCUAAUCUCUCUCUCUCUCUCUCUCUCUCUCUCUCUCUCUCUCUCUCUCUCUCUCUCUCUCUCUCUCUCUCUCUCUUAAUAAAUAAUAAUAAUAUUUAGCGUGCUGGCCAUGCAAAAAAUUGACAAUUAAUAACACGUAGACCUAUAUUGUUUUCUUCUUAUAAGUUGCAUUAUAAAUCUGAUCUCCCUAGCUAAGUAAUUAUAGAUUGAGACUGGCUGCUCGGUCUAAUUAAGAUAUAAAAGAUGAUAUAUGAUUAGUAGUUAUUCCUUUAUUUGUGACAGUAGGCUAUGACACUCCAGAACGUUCCUUACCCUUAAAUAUCAAUUGUUCUCCACUAUUGUUACGUUAUGGUGUUGUUUGUAUCCGUAAUUAAGUAUCCUAUUAGCUUAUUUAAAGGAGAAAUAAUUUUAUCCUUAAUUUGCGGCAGUAUUGUAUUCCAGAAUGUUCUUAAUCCUUAUUCUUUGUUAUCCAUUAUUGUUACGCUAUUGUUUUGUAUGCUCUUAUUAGCUUAUUUAGCGAAUGUUUAUGACUGAUUUAUGGCAGUAUUGCAUUUCAGAAAGUUUUUAAGCCUUCCAUCAUCCUCUGCUCUUCAUUAUUGUUACGCUGAUAAUGCUGUGAAAAAGGUUCCUCAUAUCUUUUUACCUGUGAUGUCGCGCAGCCCAGGUGAGGUAAAGGUAAUGUAGGGGCAUUGGCUAUAGCUGCGCGUGGCCUCGGUGCUCAUAUCCGUCACACUGGCCCUUGAGUAACUGUUAACAAUGCGUGUACCAGGUAUAGGUUGAAAUUAAUUAAGAAGACUCCUUGGUUAGGCUUUUAGAAAUGCUUCAAAACUAAUAAUUAUAUGGAGGCAGAUUUCAUAACCAUACAUGUAAUAACGAAAACAAUAGAAAAAAAUAGAAAUCACCAUAUCUGCUUGCCCAUAUCAAUCCCAUACCUGCCUUCCCAUAUAAAUUCCCAUACCUGUCUUCCCAUAUAAAUCCCCAUUCCCGCCUACUCAUAUAAAUCCCCAUACCUCCCUACUCAUAUAAAUCCCCAUACCUGCCUACUCAUAUAAAUCCCCAUACCUCCCUACUCAUAUAAAUCCCCAUACCU